GUGUGAGUGCAUUCCUAAAGGACCAAAAACCUUGUCUCCACCCCUCCGGAGUCCAAACUCCGCUUUAGUUGCGUUUGUUUUGAAAUUUUUUCUCUGCGAAAAAUAAAGGAGGCUACCAUGGGAAGAAAUUUAUAACAACAAGAAAAAUAAAAAUAAAUGUGGGAGAAAAGCAGCCUGGACUCAUCAGAGCAGCAGGACAGAAGUGCAGGAUUUACCUAAGGGGGAGUAAAGUGAGAUUAGACUCCUGGACAGGUUCACACACGCUCCGGAACUUUUCACACACAUUUCGGUUCAGUUUCAAUUCGGACUAUACUUUUUUAUUUUUUUAUUUUUUCCCCGUUGCUGGACUGUGGGCUUUUGUUGAUUGAAGAUGGUCUCAGAGGAGGACAUCUCAAAGGAAGUGCUCGAGAGCGUGCAGGAUGCCGUGGGCCGACAGCUCAAACUGAGCCUGAGAAAGAAGGUGCACCUGGAGGGCAAAGGUGACAAACAGGACACCCGAAUCCUGGCUCUGGCUCCACAUCGGGCAUUUCUGCUGUCAGCUCGAGUUCCUGCUAGGGUAGAACAAAGCUUCAAUUUCUUCGACAUUCAAGUGGUGGGCAGCAGCAGAACAGGCCAGCUGGUGGUGGACUAUGAUAAAGGACAGCUGUGUGUAAAGCUAAGCUCUAACGAAGAGGUUGAUGAAGUCAUCGCUCAGAUAGGAAUCAGCAUACAGGAGCACUGCCCCGGACUCAACCCACUGAGGGUCAUGAAGAAAUUAUCACUGAAGCCCGCUGAGAGGACGACCAGUCUACAGGCACUCUGGGAAAACAAUCCUCCCACCGAUACUGGACCCUGUGGUGCUUUCUCUCGUAUGUACUGGUGUGUGUGUGAUCAAAUGGGGCUGCCUUACAGAGCAGAGGUGCAGUGGGAUGUGGACACUAUCUACCUCACCCAGGACACACAAGAGCUCAACCUACAGGACUUUAUUCACCUGGAGACCAGGGACCUGCUGGCCAUCGUGGCAGUUCUGGAGUACAACCAGUGGUUCACUAAACUCUCACUCAAGGAUUAUAAACUGUCUACAGAUUUAUGUGAUCAGAUCUUGAGAGUUGUAGCUCGUUCUAGCAGAUUAGAAGAGCUGGCUCUAGAAAACACAGGACUCAAAGCUGAUUUUGCACAGAAGUUGGCCAGCGCUCUGAGCCAGAACCCACACUCGGCUCUACACACACUCAACCUGGCCAACAACUCCGUGGAAGACAAAGGUGUCGCAUCUCUGAGUUCUCCACUGGGAAAAAUUUCAUCUGGGCUGAAACAUCUAAACCUCUCAAAAAACUCCCUCUCAGCUAAAGGUGUGAACAUUCUGGCUCAGUCUCUGUGUUCCAACUCGUCCUUCUUUAACACACUCACACACCUUGACCUGUCUGGAAACACGCUGAGGGGAGACGACCUGACCAACCUGUGUAACUUCCUGAGUCAGCCGAACAGCCUGCACACUCUGGACCUGUCCAACUGUGACUGCGCUCUGGACCUGGUCUGCUCGUCUUUACUCCGAGGUUCUCCGAAGCAUCUUUCUGUCCUCAACAUGUCCAAGAGUGUCUUGAAUAUUAAGAAAGGAAAGGAGCUGCCGUCCUCUUUUAAGCAGUUCUUCAGCACGGCUUCGGCCCUCAACACCAUCGUCCUGUCCGGCACCAAACUGCCUCCAGAAGCCCUGAAAGCUCUGUUGCUAGGUCUGGCCUGUAAUCCCAACCUAAAAGAUAUCUCUUUGGAUCUGAGCAGUUGUGAGUUGCGGUCAGCUGGAUCUCAGAUCCUGGAAGGCUGCAUAGCUGAGAUCCCCAAUGUUUCUGUCCUGGAUAUUUCAGACAACGGUUUGGACUCUGAUCUGACAACUCUGCUGGUGUGGCUAGCGAAGAAUCGCUCCAUCAGACAGCUGUCUCUGGGCAAGAACUUCAACAACAUCAAAUCCAAGAAUCUGGGGCAGGUGCUAAACAGCUUGGUUCUUAUGAUCCAGGAGGAGGAAUCUCCACUCAGCUCUCUCUCCCUGGCUGAUUCCAAGCUGAAGGCUGAUUUGUCCAUGGUGUUGAACGCUGUGGGGGGAAACAGCUCCCUGACUCGACUAGACAUCAGUGGCAAUGGGAUGGGAGACAUGGGGGCUAAAAUGCUAGCCAAAGCUCUCCAGAUUAACACCAAACUCAGGACUGUGAUUUGGGACAGGAAUAACAUCAGCGCUCAGGGUCUGCAGGACGUAGCGGCCGCUUUGGAGAAGAACUACACUAUCCGCUUCAUGCCGGUGCCCAUCAUGGACGCUGCACAAGCUCUCAAGUCCAACCCUGAGAAAACCGAGGAUGCUCUGAUGAAGAUGGAGCAGUAUCUCUUGAGGAACCAUGAAACGAGGAAAUACCUACAAGAGCAAGCCUACAGGCUACAGCAAGGCAUUGUCACAUCCACCACACAACAGAUGAUUGACAGGCUAUGUGUGAAGGUGCAGGACCACCUGAACUCUCUUCGCUUCAGUGAGAGAGAGAAGGUUCAAGAGGACAUGAAAGCAGCAGAGAGACUCCUCCAGGACGCCCGAAACUCGAAAAGACUGCUGGGCAGUAUGUAUCAGCUGCGUUCAUCACAACGUGGAGGCAGAGACGGAGGUGAAGAUGGAGCUGGAGGAGGAGGAGCGGUUGAGAGCCCAUGGGUGGCUCCGAUCCAUGAUAAGCUUCAGUCGAUGGCGGGAGAAGUCAGCACUGUCAUAAACCAGCAGCUGCAGAGUUUGUUGGUGUCUAUGUUGGACACGGCGGAGAGUGUGUGUCCUCACGUGAUGCACACAGCAGACCUGAGGCCGACUCUGAUUCAUGUGAGUGAGGGGAAGAUGAGCGUGCCUCGAAGCUUCAUCACCAACACUCUGCUCGAGCAGUCUGCUGUCGACAUCAUCAACAAGAUCAGUGAGGUAAAGCUCAGCAUGGCCUCCUUCCUGUCAGACCGCAUCGUUGAUGAGAUCUUAGAGAAUCUUUCUCGCUGUCAGCACACACUGGCGGAGCAUCUGAGUAGGCGUAGUCAGCCACUAAUCCAUCACGAUUCAGAGGAGACUGAGGUUCUGGAGGAAGGGCAGCUGGAACCAGAGAACCUGCCACCACCUUCAUCUGACCUUCUGCAGCUGUCCCCAACUUCCAAGAGGCAGAGCAUCCUGUUCCGGAUGGUGCGUCCCAUCUCCGUGGCAUUUGAGCUGGAGUUUGAUCUGGAUAAAGCACUGGAGCAUGUGCCCAUCCAUAUGGAAGACCCGCCCCUUCCACCACCCCCUGAUCUUGUGGAGGCAGAGUUAGAGAGGCCUGAGAGUGUGUGUUUCAUUGAUCUGCCUGAAACAGAGAGUCCCAAAUUGCAGCACAUGACCAAACUCCGCCCACGCAGGAAGAAGACCAACACAAAACCAAGAAAAGUAGCCAAUUCUGCAGUGGAUAUGGAGCAGACGGAGUUUGUUGGGAAAGUGGAUGAAGGACUGGAUGAUUUCUUCGCAAAAAAAGUCACAAAGAUUGAAACCAAGCGUUCCUCCAUGAAAGACGCAGGUCCAGAAGGAGAAAAGAAGAGGGAAUCUCGCAUGAGUGGCUUCUUCAACCUCAUUAAAUCACGCACCUCCAUGAAAUCUCCGCCCACCAGCCCACACUCACCCACUCCUGCACCAACAAACUCCUCCACCCCAUCUACCACUGAACAUGAUAACGUCGAAUCCACAAAGCCUGCAGUGAAAAGCCCCAUCCUCGAUCACGCUCCAGAACCGGUCAAGACUCAGGUGCAGGAGAAAGCUGAUCCAUGUGAACCUGUAGAUACAGCCACAACCUCUGAGAGUAAAGGUCAUGCGGAGGAGGGUAAGAAGCGCGAGGGGCCGCAGGGGGGCCGAAUCCGAGGGGUGCAGGUGAUGGGGAACGACUUCCUGGCGCAGCUGCGGGCAAAACAAGAGAAGAUGAAAGAGAAAGCAAGUGAACCCUCACCUGCGAACAAAGUCGAAUCCAACCACGCUGAUGGCGACAGUGCAGCUGUAGAAAAACCAGCGCAGAAAGAGCACCAUUUAGAAGCUGUCUUGAAAUUUCCAACUCCUUCUUCUCAUCUCCUAAAACCGACUGCUCCAGCUUCUGCCCACACCCCUGCAGCCAAACAUACCCUUCCAGCCGUACACACCGGUCUCAAAGCCUCACCAUCCAGCAACCCCAAAUCCACCAUGAGCAGUCACCCAGAGCUCCACCCGAGCCAGGAGCACCUUCCUCGCAGCCCACUGAGCAGCUCCAGCACAUCUGCCACCGAUGUCUCCGGUCACCUCGACGCCACGUCCAGUACCAAACAAUCAACGACGACUCAACACCAGAAGGAGGAUUCGUCUAAAAUGGAGAAAGAGGAACAUAUAUGUGUCUCUCCUGACUCACCUCCUAUAGUGCUUGAGCCGGCAGCAGAGGGCAGUGUAUUUGAGGCAGAAUCAUACACACAACCAUCACACACUGCGGCAGCGGGACAACGCUGCACCUCACUUCACUCGUCCGGUUCCAGCAGUGCUGUUGAAGAGAACGACGAUCGACAGAGCACCGUGUCUCUGCCUGCAGAAGUUGAUAUUCUAAGUCCUACAGACUCCAUUUCCUCUUCCGAACCUCUGAACUCCAGCAGCUCUGAAACACAGCUUCAACACACAGACUCAACAGAAGAGGAAAUUUCAUCCAGUUCAGACGAGAGUCUGGAAUAAAAGCCAAAGCCAACAAGGGUCUGUUUCCCAGAAGCACAGCUGCAGAAAUAUCACAGUUAAAUAGUAAAUGCACAGUAAAAGCAGCCAGGAUGCCAUUUGUAGAAUACACAUCAUAUAAUCAUAACCUAGCUCCUAGCUUAACUAGACCAAAAAUCAUAAAAUUAAUAUAUCCCAAAAAGGGCAAAAGUUUACAACUAAAACAAAAACAAAGAAGGAUGUAAAUGUAUAAUAAAUACCAAACCAACCAAACCAGUAGUAUUGAAUAAAUACCAAUGUAUGAUGAUACUUUGAAACCAGGGUGACACUGUAAAAUAUGAAUAAACACCAAACCUAAAAGAACGAGUUUACACCAAACACCAAACCAACCAGGAUAUAAAUGUAAAAUAAACACCAAAACAAUCAACAGUGAAACAUUUUUUUUUAAAUCCAACCAAGACAACCGUUACCACACAGAACUGCAGUACUGAAUGAACACCAAAUAAAUUAUGACUACGCUAUCAAUACUAAGUAUUGAAUAAAAGCCAAACAUAGUAUCACUACAAUUUAAGAUGAUCAUAAGACUAACCGGUGUAAGAGUGUAAAUAUAAUAAACACCAAACCAAAAAGGGAAAAGUGUGCAGCAAACACCAAACCAACCAGGACAUAACUGUAUAUUAAACACCAAACCAAGAAGAACAACAGUGUACACCAAACACUAAACCAACCAAGGCAUAACUGUAGAUUAAACACCAAAACAACCAAGACGUGACUGUACAAAAAACACCAAAACAACCAGGAGAUAACUGUAGAAUAAACACCAAAACAAAAAGGACAACAGUGUAAACCAAACACCAAAACAACCAGGACAUAAUUGUACAAUAAACACCAAAACAACCAAGACACGACUGUACAAUAAACACCAAAACAACCAAGACACGACUGUACAAUAAACACCAAAACCAGGAGAUAAUUGUACAAUAAACACCAAAACAGCCAGGACAUAACUGUAUAAAAGACACCAAAACAAUCAGGACAUAAAUAUAAAAUAAACGCCCAAAAUAACCAGGAGAACACUGUACAACAAACACCAAAACAAUCAGGACAUAAAUGUACAAUAAACACCAAAAGAAAAAUACAACAGUGUAAAGCAAUCAAGAAAACAGCCAGGACAUAACUGUACAAUAAACACCAAAACAAAAAGGACAACAGUGUACAACAAACACCAAACCAAUCAAGACCUAACUGUAGAUUAAACACCAAACCAAAAGCUUUAUUUUUGAAAGCCUAAAAUAAACACCAGACCAACCAAGACAUAACUGUAGAAUAAACACCAAACCAGGAUAUAACUGUAGAAUAAACAUCAAAAUGAAAAGGACAAGGGUGUACACCAUAUCAACCAGAAGCUAAAUGUAGAACACACACAAAACCAAUCCAACAAGGACAUAGCUAUAAAUAAACACCAAAAGAAGCAGAAAAGAAUAAACACCAAAACAAAAAGGACAAAAGUAUACACCAAACCAACCAGGACAUAACUGUAUAUUAAACACCAAAACACCCAGGACAUAACUGUAGACUAAACACCAAACCAAAAAAUAAACAACUGACCAUUAUUUCAAAGUGACUAAAGAUAGAAAGGCGUGGUGGCAGGCUGGUUGUCAUUGAUCUGAUAAUCAUCGGGAUUAGACAAGCUCCUCAGCCUGCUAUAAUUAUGAGCCGUCCACCAGCAGCAACACAGAUGCGCAAACUUUUCCCAGAAGCUGAAAUCUCCUUGUGCAUAAUAAGCAUGGCUUUUUAUAACUGUCACUUGAGUGACUGUAGCGGACAUUUUUAUAGUAUUUUUUCAUUUUUCUUCUACUUUUUCAUUGUUGAUGUUGUCUUCCUCAUACAGUCAAUUGUGAAAGAGAUGAUAUGAUGUAUUCCAUCACAUUCGGUGCAUUUCAUUUAUUCAUCAUCAGCCUGCUGCUUGUCACAUGGCCGGCCAUGUGGAUGUUAAAAUUAAACCACAACUCAUUUGAAUAUCUUGUCAGUGAUUCCUAAAUGUAAUAUAUGAUAUUAUCAUCUUAUAUGAUAAAAACUAUAGUUUGGGUUUUAAUGAUACAUCAGAUUUCUUAUAACAAAUCAGUGGAGAAAAAGUAUAAAAGUGCAGAUAAGUUGAGAAGAUAAGUUCACCAUAGCGUUCGCAUGAGGUUUAAAUUUCAACAAUGACCAGGAGCCAAGUGAGCUCUUUGGGUAGGAGGGACAUAAUCUCUUUCUCCUGUCAAUCACAGCGGCGCUAAACAAUGAAGGCUGUCUUUAAGCAUAAGUAUGCUGAAGUGGGCAGAUUGCAUACUUUCCUUAAAGUGUGUUAUGCUGUCCUGGUGUUGGCUCAUUGGUGUGAAUUAUCAAGAACAAAUUGGGAAGAAAAAGGGGUAAGGGGAUUACAAAAAAUAAGUAAAUAAAUGAGAGAAACAGGAAAAAUAAAUGUAUAUUUAUAACAUGUUCUGAAAAUUAGUAAAAGCUAGGUUUUUAAUCCACAAACCGCUGCAUGGUGCAUGGUGAAGAUUACAGGUUUAAAUCUAACCCAAGUAAUAGUACAAGCACCUUAAAUACAACCGUUAAAGUGGUAUUAUGUGUUACCACAAUUUCUUAAUUUUCACAAAGAGCAACGUGCAACACGACAUACAGUGAAGACCGAACAAUGCAAGCAUGACUAGACAGUGAAACUAGACAUAAAUGUAUGUUUUACCCUCAAACUCAAGAAUUUCACGAUAUAAACAUUUCCAUUUAAUCUACAGCUUCUAUAUUUCUUCAAGUUUCAUUGAUUUCAUUUUGUAUAAUGGUGUAUUUUAUUUUAUUUCUGUGUGGUGAUGGAAUAUACGUAAUACAUACAUGUUUAAAAAGGGAAUACAUAAGUAUAUUUUGAUAUAGGGUUAGACAUCAUUUUAUUUCUGUUUGUCUAUAAAUAUGAUCAUUUGUAUAUUUGUACCAAUUAA